CCCAACGUUGUCAACACAACAACCCGUCGCACCAUCAUCGCCACCAGUACUCUCUGUCGACUGGCAUAACAUCGCACUUCCUACACCCAUAUAUUCGUCGCCAAGUCAUUCAAGAUGGCGCUCGACAGCUUCUUUCACAACAAGAUCGAGAGCAUGAAGCUCGAGAUCAUCCAGGGCCAGGCGGUCCUCCGGAGACUUGAAGCGCAACGAAACGAUUACAAUUCAAGAGUUCGUCUGCUGAGAGAAGAGUUGGGGCUGCUGCAACAGCCUGGUUCAUAUGUUGGAGAAGUCGUGAAGGUGAUGGGCACCAAGAAGGUCUUAGUGAAGGUUCAUCCAGAAGGGAAAUACGUUGUGGACAUCUCCGAUAACGUCGACAUUGCCAAGCUUACCGUUGGGAAGCGCGUCACCCUCCUCUCCGACUCAUACAAACUGGAGAAGAUGCUUCCGUCAUCCGUCGACCCUCUUGUGUCGCUGAUGAUGGUUGAGAAGGUGCCCGACAGCACAUACGAUAUGAUUGGAGGGCUGGACCAACAGAUUAAGGAGAUUAAGGAAGUUAUCGAACUAGGCCUCAAGCAUCCGGAACUGUUUGAAUCGUUGGGGAUAGCACAGCCAAAGGGUGUGCUGCUCUACGGCCCUCCCGGAACGGGGAAGACUCUGCUCGCGAGAGCUGUUGCUCACCACACAGACUGCAAGUUCAUCAGGGUGUCCGGAUCCGAGUUGGUCCAGAAAUACAUCGGAGAGGGUUCGCGGAUGGUCCGUGAGCUUUUCGUCAUGGCGCGUGAGCAUGCUCCGUCUAUCAUCUUCAUGGACGAAAUCGAUUCCAUUGGAUCCUCCCGUGUCGAGGGCUCGUCUGGCGGUGAUUCGGAAGUACAGCGCACGAUGUUGGAGCUUCUCAACCAACUUGAUGGUUUCGAGCCGACAAAGAAUAUUAAGGUCAUUAUGGCGACAAAUAGGCUCGAUAUCUUGGAUCCUGCAUUAUUACGACCAGGACGUAUCGAUAGGAAGAUUGAGUUCCCCCCGCCAACCGUUGAGGCCAGAGCAGAUAUUCUCCGCAUCCACAGCCGCAAGAUGAACCUGACAAGAGGCAUCAACCUGACCAAGAUCGCCGAGAAGAUGAACGGAUGCUCAGGAGCCGAGCUCAAGGGUGUAUGCACGGAGGCUGGUAUGUUCGCAUUACGAGAGAGGCGAGUGCACGUCACACAAGAGGACUUUGACCUCGCCACAGCGAAGGUCUUGAACAAGCACGAUGAUAAGGAGGUUAGUUUGGGCAAGUUAUGGAAGUGAGCGAGGGAGGUUGGCGCAAUUUUGCUACGGAUAGGAACAAUGAGGAUGCGCUUGUGUACAAUACAAUAGAACCCGAAAUAAUAUCACCACCAUCACUGAUGGUGAUUGGAGACAAUUGAAUUUUUAGACAAAUG